GUAAAUUCCGUAUCAAUGCUUAAACCCCAAAACCCAAACCCUGCCGCCGCUGCUUCGCGGACUUGUCUCCGCCACUCUUCAACCCUCGCUGUCUUCCUUCUUCCCUCCUCCUUCUUUCAGCUUCAAAAGGGGUCAGGCGUCACAAUGGGGAGGAAGGCUCGUCACAGUGACAGUGAGUUUGAGAACGAUGGUGAUUUCGACAGCGAUGAGCUGAAUAUGGAGCAGGAAGAGGAUGACUUUGAUGAUGAGCACCACGGUGAGGAGGAGGAAGAAGAAUCAGAAAAUGAGGAAGAAGAUGGACAAGUAGAUGGGGAAGAGGAAAAUGGUGAUGGGAAAAACGAUAAUAAAGAUGCCGAGAUGGAAGAACUCGAGAAAGAAUACAUGAAUCUUCGUCAUCAGGAGCAAGAUAUUUUAAAGAAUCUAAAGCGUCAUAAGGACGAAGAUCUUCUUAAAGGUCAAGCAGUGAAGAACCAAAAGGCUCUUUGGGACAAAGCUCUUGAGUUCAGAUUCUUGCUUCAGAAAGCAUUCUCAAAUUCAAAUAGAUUACCACAGGAGCCAGUUAGGUCUUUAUUUUGUGAUUCACAUCAGGGUGUCAGUACAGCAUAUUCUGAUCUAGUUGACUCAUCAAAGCAAAUUUUGGAUUCUCUAGCAGAACUACAAGAGGCUCUACUUGAGAAGAACCCAUCCAUCGUUCAAGCAACAGAUAGUAAAUCUGGACAAUCUAAGAAGUCAGACUCAUCUAAGAACAUUGACGGUGAUGGUGAUGAGGAUUGGUCACGGAUUUCUCAGUUGCUGUCGAGAAUAGCUACCUUCAGAGACAAAUCCAUCAAUAAAUGGCAGAGGAAGACAGAGGUGACCACAGGUGCUGCUGCUAUUAAAAGCAAACUGCAUGCUUUUAAUCAGAAUAUUAGUGAACAAGUUGCUUCUUAUAUGAGAGAUCCUAGCAGAAUGGUUAGGCAGAUGCAGAUGAGGAAAUCAGCAGUUUCUGUAUUUGGCGCUGUUCCUGAGGAGAAAAAUACUGCAAAGGGGGAGGAGACACAAUCUGAAGCUGGUGCACAAGCUGAUGGUGACCCUGAACUUUUGGAUGACUCUGAGUUUUACCAGCAGUUACUGAAAGAAUUUUUUGAGACAAUUGACCCAGCAUCUUCUGAGACAGCCUUUUAUUCUUUGAAAAAGUUGCAUACAAAGAAGAGGAAGAUUGUUGACAGAAGAGCCUCUAAGAGUCGCAAGAUAAGGUACAAUGUUCACGAGAAGAUAGUAAAUUUCAUGGCCCCAGAGACUAUGGCCGUUCCUCCUCCGAUGCUUCCUGACCUCAAUAAUUUGUUCGGGUUGAAGAAGCAAAAACCAGCUUCCGUAGUGUAGGCAAGGCUAAUAUUUGUUGUACUGAUAUUUAUGUAAUUUACACAAUUUUGAUGCAAAUGACAAUUAAGAUCCGAAACUUUGGACACUUAAUAAGCAAAGCGGAUGUUCUUGCUUUCCCCCG